CACAGUUCAGUGCGCACUGUGCGCAGAAAGUAAAGAAGGAAAAUAAAAAAUGGCGUCUCUCUCUUCUAUAACCAACUCUCAGACAAGAUGCCACUUCCCUUUGUCGAAGACGAGACCAACUUUCCAUCAAUUGAAGAAAAGAUCACUCUCUGUAAACGCGCUUCUCUCAAAGGAAAUUGACCAAAAUAUCCCGCAAACGGUCCAGAGAUUCUGGCAAUGGCUGAAGGAAGAAGGAGUUGUCUCCGCGAAAACUCCGGUGAAGCCAGGUUUUGUGCCGGAGGGGCUAGGGCUUGUCGCGACAAGGGAUAUUUCCAGAAACGACGUCGUUUUGGAGGUGCCGAAGAGGUUCUGGAUUAAUCCAGAUGCCGUUGCAGCCUCGGAAAUCGGGAGCAUUUGCUCUGGAUUAAAACCCUGGAUUUCUGUCGCUUUGUUUUUGCUGAGAGAGAAAUUUAAAGGGGAUGAGUCUAAAUUGAAAUAUUAUAUUGAUGUUCUUCCAGAGGGCACUAAUUCCACUAUAUAUUGGUCAGAAGAGGAGCUUCUAGAAAUUCAGGGAACUCAGUUGCUGAGCACUACAUUGGGAGUGAAAGAGUAUGUACAGAGUGAGUUUCUCAAAGUGCAGGAGGAAAUCAUACUUCCGAACAAGAAGCUUUUCCCGUUUACUAUAACGUCGGACGACUUCUUUUGGGCGUUCGGGAUGCUCCGAUCGAGGGCUUUUUCACGUCUUCGUAAUCAGAAUCUCGUUGUUAUACCCUUUGCUGAUUUGAUCAACCACAGUGCCAAAGUUACUACCGAAGAUCACGCUCAGGAAGCUAGAGGAGCAGCAGGUCUUUUCUCAUGGGACUAUGUUUUUCAACUAAGAAGCCCAUUAUCUCUUAAAGCAGGCGAACAGGUUUUCAUCCAAUACGAUUUAAAGAAAAGCAACGCUGACAUGGCACUCGAUUACGGGUUCAUCGAACCGAAUUCCGACCGUGACGCGUUCACUCUGACACUAGAAAUAUCAGAAUCCGAUGAAUUCUACGCUGACAAGUUGGACAUAGCCGAGUCAAACGGCUUUGGAGAAACGGCUUACUUCGACAUUAAAUACGGUCAAUCACUUCCAACGGGUAUGCUUCUGUAUUUACGGCUGCUAGCACUUGGAGGACAAGAUGCUUUUCUGCUGGAGUCGAUUUUCAGAAAUAAAAUUUGGGGAUUUCUUGAACUGCCCAUUAGUCGAGCCAACGAGGAACUUAUAUGUAGAGUUAUCCGUAAGGCGUGCGAAUCUGCUUUGUCUGGCUAUCAUACCACCAUUGAAGAGGAUGAAAAGCUGAAGGAGGAAGGGAAUAUGAGUGCAAGGCUUGAAAUGGCGAUAGGUGUAAGAAGAGGGGAGAAAAGGGUUUUGCAGCAAAUCGAUGAAAUAUUUAAAGAAAGAGAGACCGAGUUGGAUUUUCUUGAAUAUUAUCAAGAAAGGCGGCUCAAGGAUCUUGGUCUGGUCGGGGAACAAGGUGACAUCAUCUUCUGGGAGCCUAAAUAGAAGCUUCUAGAAACUUCUUUAUGAUUUACGAACAUUCGAAAAAGACGAAGAUUUGCAGAUCAGUAAUGCUUCCUCUGUGUAAUACAGAUAACUAAGUGUAGUUAAAGAAUUUAUAUUAUAUCUGUAAUGUAGUUGAACAAUGUAAAGGGGACGCGAGCUCAAGAUUUUUUUUUCCUGUUUU